AGUGCGACGGGUGAGACUAGAGAAGGCGACGGGCGUUAUCCAGCUCAGAUCAAUAUGGCUUCUGACUGUGAGAACGUGAUAAAAAACUGUCCUCGUUAUGAACGUUCACAUUUCAAAACGGAUCAAAGGAGGAAAGUUAAUUUACCCGGCCUGCUCAUGAUCGACGAACAAAAGUCCCUAAAAGCUGGUGAAGGAGGCACAACGUUCAACGUAAGCCUUUCCGAUAGGCCUACCAAAGAUGGGCAUCCCGUCGACACACUUGAAGAAUCCGCAAGCCAGACAUUUGAUCGACAGUCCGAGCCGUGCAAAUCAAGUUCCGAAACAAGUGAGAUUAAUGGCGACAAAUUCAGGACUUCGUCACCGCCAUUACUCAAAAUAGAGAGUUCCUGCGGAAGUGGCAUUAGUGAUGAUGGAGGCCUUCACCCUACUGAUGAGCCUACACCCUCUGUUAUUAGAUCUAGGCCUGGGCAUUACUCUGAGGAAACAGAGGAGAUUAAGCCUAGGACUAGGCUUACAUCGAAUGAUGAGAAUCUCAAGAGUGAACUGGUUGAAUCACAUGAUGCAAGUGCAGAGACUGGAAUUCCUAUGAAGUGUGAAGGAAGAAAGGAAAAAGAAGAGGGGUUGUCAAGAGGGCCUGUGAAUGGAGAGCAGCAUGUGUCAUCUUCACGUAGGAUCUGCUCCAAGUGCCAUCAUCGAAGAAGUAAAGUCAAACGAGCCUCAAUUGGAGUACAAUGUCGGCGGGACAAGAGCUUGCCCAUCUCUGUGGUCAAUCGACCAUUUCGACCCUUGGCUUCUCACACAUUAGAAGGAAAGUAUAAAUAUGGGAAGUUGAUGCAUGUUGAAGUGGAUGCAAAUGGAGGUGGUUCCAUUGUUCAUUUGUAUCAAGAAGACCUUGACAGCCUCACCAAAGAACAGAUGGAGGAUCUUGCUAGGGAAUUCCUUAAGGAGGUGUUCCAAGAAGAUGGGAAUGGAGCAGCAAAACAUGUGAUUGGGAUUGUCCAUGAUGCAGCUCGAUAUCUUCCAGAUUUGGUUCAGUAUAUGGCGGAGACCCAUCCUCAUCUGACAGUAAAGAAUGGAAUCCUUGGUAGAAAUUCAGACAUUGAGACCACCAACAUGGAGAAGUAUUAUGAGAUGAUCUCAAGAGCUUAUUCAAAAGGAACAUUUCGUGCUGGACCAUUGCAUCAGAUUAGCCUUGUUGGAACAGUCCAUGAAGAGGUUGGAGGAUAUUUCCCUGCCCUCCUUCAGAAAUUUGAAGAAAAUGUCUUCUUGCGACGGACAAUGCCAUGGGGAUCAAUGUCCAUUCUCCGUGGGAUGCACCCAGAAAGUUCCAAUGAUGGCCCAAUCCUUUGGGUACGACCAGGUGAGCAGAUGGUACCUGCUGCCGACCUUUCAAAGUCUCCAUCCAAGCGAGCAGCAACCAAUGGUCGACGGACAGGAGCUGCCACUGAAAUAAAGCAGUUGGCUCUGGGGUACAUGUCUCGUACUUCAGAACCCAGGGAAACCUUGUUUGAGGAUCGCACCAAAUCACAUGCAGAUCAUGUGGGGCAUGGCCUAGAUCGCAUGACAACUGCUGCUGUUGGCAUUUUGAAAGCAGUGCAUUGUGGGCAAAAACCAGAUCCUGGGAAUCGCAUUGUGAAGGACGUGGUUGCAUUCCACGCUAGGAACUUUGCUGAACUUGUUCAUAAACUCCAGCUGGACCUUUUUGAACCUCCCAUGUCUCAGUGUGUCCAGUGGGUGGAGGAUGCAAAGCUGAAUCAGCUUCAUCGAGAAGGGAUUCUUUAUGCUCGCAUCCAUCUGCGAGAUAACGACAUCUACUUCCUCCCACGCAAUAUCAUUCAUCAGUUUCGCACUGUCACUGCUGUCACAAGCAUUGCUUGGCAUGUUAGGCUUCGCCAAUACUAUCCUGAAUUGGUGAAGAAAGAACGUCGAGAACGGAAGGAGAGAGAGAUGGAAAGGGGUAAAGAAGGGAAGAAACGGCAUCGUACUGAGGUGGGAUCCCAAGAGGAGAAGAAGAAAAAAUGCAGUGAAAAGGAGGUGAAAGAAGAACAGCUUAAGAAGAGAGACACCUGAGAUGUUGUCAUGACAUCCUAUCACUUGACCAAAGAGUACAAACACAAACUGAAUGAAGAGAACAUAAAAAUAUGCAUUUUUUAUGAAGCAAGGGAUUUCUUUCCCUCACCUCUUCUAUAAAUACUAAUAUUAUGCUUUCUCUCCAUUUCCUGUUCUGAUCUGUUCAAGGAUGACAUGGGAAUGAAAGACAUGUUAUAAA